GAAUACUUGUUUGGCAUAUUUGAAACUCCCCAGAACCGUUGGUUUAGAUAUGAUGAUGACGCUUGGUGGGUCCACUUGGUCUCUCUCCAUAAUUAUAUAAUGUUGCUGCAUAGCAGCAUUCAUAUGGGUUGUAUAGCUCAGAAGAGAGCGAGAAUGGUGAAUUUCAAGAAGUUGUUGACGAAGAAGACGCUGUUGGGUCUUGUAUUGGGGCAGUUUCUAUCGCUUUUGAUCACUUCGACGGGUUUUUCGUCUUCAGAACUUGCCAGAAGAGGAAUCAACGCACCAACAUCACAAUCCUUUCUCAAUUAUGUGCUUUUGGCUAUUAUCUAUGGAGCCAUCGUAAUCUACCGAAAGAAAGGACUCAAGGCAAAAUGGUAUUAUUAUAUACUCCUUGGUAUAGUUGAUGUGGAGGCCAACUUUCUAGUGGUGAAGGCCUAUCAAUAUACGUCCCUGACUAGUGUGAUGCUGCUCGAUUGUUGGACAAUCCCAUGUGUCAUAUUCCUUACAUGGUUUUUCUUGAAGACAAAAUACAGGCUCAAAAAGUUUGUUGGUGUGGCAAUAUGUGUUACUGGUCUCGUUAUGGUUAUUUUUUCAGAUGUCCAUGCACAAGACAGAACUGCUGGAAGCAGCCCUGUCAAAGGAGAUUUUCUUGUGAUUGCUGGGUCCAUUCUUUAUGCAGUCAGUAAUGUUAGUGAGGAGUUUCUAGUGACAAAUGCUGACAGAAUUGAGCUGAUGGCAAUGUUGGGCUUAUUUGGGGCUAUUAUUAGUGCUUGCCAAAUAAGCAUACUUGAGCGUCAAGAGCUACACUCAAUCCAGUGGUCUGCUGGGGCAGUGCUUCCUUUUAUUGGCUUUGCUUUGGCAAUGUUUCUUUUUUACUCAUUUGUGCCUAUCUUGCUAAAGCAUAGUGGGUCCACCAUGCUAAACCUUGCUCUGCUUACCUCAGACAUGUGGGCUGUCUUGAUUCGCAUCUUUGCAUAUGGUCAAAAGGUUGACUGGAUGUACUUCAUUGCUUUUGCUGCUGUUGUUGUUGGACUCAUUAUCUAUUCAUGGGGUUCAAAAGAAGACGACAAGGGCAAAGUUCGAGUUGCAGAGGACACUGCUGAACAAAGCAGUACUAUGGAUGAGGAGGCUGCUAUAGGAAAUACAGUUCAAGGAUCUACAGUUGGGAGCUCUAAACCAGGUGAUGGUAAACAUGACUCUGCUCCCAGUGUUCUUCAAGGAAUAGUUGUGCCAGAUGGCAAAAAGAACAUUAUAGAAGAUACACAAGGGAGUACAUCUUGAUAGAAAGAGAGGGAAAUCUGUUCUUUGGCAAUUUGAGAAGGUUCUACUGACAUGCUUGCUACCAUUGAGAAAUGACAGAGAAGCAGUGCAAGCAUGCUAGUAAAGGGUGCUGUGCUCCAUACUGUAAAUAAUGGAGACCUGUCACGUAGCUUCGUUUUGAAAAGCAGAUCUACGUAAUCAGUUACCUUGAUGGGAAAUAACCAUGUCAAUUACAUUGAGAGCUGUCUCUAUUUACAUCUUU